CAAGACAAAGAGUCAUUAAUGAAGACUCUAGAAAAAAGUUCUUUAAUAGAAUCCUUCCCAUGAGUAUAAAUUCUACAUUUUCAUCAGAUUCUUCUUCACUUUCACCAGACUUAACAAUUUUGCUUUUGGAUGAUAAUAUUCUCUAUGAAAAUUUUACUGCAGCAGAUAUAAAGCAAAAGCAGCUACAUUAUCUACCAGAUUCAAUACCUGAAGAUGACUUGCAUUACCAGUCAUUUGAAGAUAUAUAUGGUAACCGAACAACAGAAAACUAUAGGCCUUCAUUGGUAAAAUCCAGAACAAAAACAAAGACAAGUAAAGCAAAAACCAAACAUACUAUGCCAUUUAUGCAAAGAAGCUUUCCAAAAAAAGAUAAAGCUUUAUUGAAACAAUUUUUAGAUACAAUUUUUUAUACUUGUG